AUGGAGAUCAUCACCCACGCCGUCACGUGCAUACGGUACGUCAUCAAGUAUGUCACCAAGGGCGGAGACCAGGUGAUGUUCUGGGUGUCGGCUGGGGACGAGGUGGUGGACGAGAUCGCCACCUACCAGCAGGGCCGCUACCUGAACGCCGUGGAGAUGGCGUGGCGGCAUUUCGGCUACCCUGUCCACAGGCACCAGCCGCCAGCGCAACAGCUUUCCGUCCACCUGAGCGGCGACGACCAACCGCUGCGCUUCCGCGCCCGCGUCAACAGCCCGCGUCAAGUGACGGAGAACGCUGGCGCCGACACCAAGCCCACUGGCCUCUUCAAGCGGUGCGCGGAGGACGAGUUUGCCCGGACUCUGCUCUGCCACAAUGUGCCGCGCUACUACACGUGGCAGACGGGAGCCCGGUGCUGGCGUCGGCGCCGCCGAGGCACGCUGGACGUUGCCGGCAUCUUCGCCGCUGAAGCCAUCGGCCGCGUCUACACCGCCAGCCCGCGCGCCGGGGAGGCGUUCUUCCUGCGCCUGCUCCUCCACAACGUGCGUGGGCCGCGCUCCUACGAGGAGCUGCGCACGGUGGAUGGCCAGCUGCGGCGGCUGCUCACCGUGAUUGGCGUCGAAGACCGUGCCAGCUGCGAUCUGCUGCGGCUGUGGCGCACCUUCCGGCACGCCAUGUCCGAGGACGUGCGCCACCGGCUGUCGCGGGUGGGCGGCGGCGGCGGCGUCGGCGACACCGAAGGCAUCGACGAAGCCGACGGCAGCGCCGGCGGCAAGGCCAUCGCCGUGGCGUCGUCCGGCAUCGCCGCCAGCCUCCUGGAUGGCGGCAUGACUGCCCACUGUCGCUUCAGCAUCCCACUCCACCUGCACGACGCGUCCACCUGCGACCUGCGCAACAGCUCACCGGCCGCCGACGAUUUCAGACGCUGCGUGCUGCUGCACGUGACGUGCCUCACGCUGCGCACCAAUAUGCGCGCGCAGCUGCAGGGGGACGCCGAGGCGGGUGAGUACACCCGUUUUCUCUGCCGGCUGGGGUCCAGCCAGCUGCCCCUGUGCCCCUACACAGAGGACCAUGUUGUGCUGCUACCGGCGGUGCGCAGCUCGGCGCGGUCCUUGGCUGAGUUGGCAGCCUGGAUUUACCCCGACCUGUCGCAAAACAUUGGCGACACAGAGUGGUUCGAAGAGCGGGCCAUCCUCACCGUGUUCAAUGCCGGCGUCAAAAGAAUCAAUGACCACGUCAUUGACCGUCCGCCGGGGCCGGGGCACGUGUACACGAGCGUAGAUAGUAUGUCCGACCCUGGCGCGGUGCCGUUGGCCACCGAGGUUCUUAACGGCAUCGAGCUUUCUGGCACGCCGGCACAUUGUAUCCGGCUCAAGGCCGGCGCGCCAGUCCUCCUCAUGCGUAAUCUCGACGCACCCAACUCGAUCAUCGGCACGCUGUGUGUGACGUGA